UCACACUGUCAAAACAUGUUUGAUGAUGUUGUCUCACUCAAUUUCCAAUAGCAAGUUCUAAACUUUUUAAAGUUUUAAAAACAAUCUGAAAUACACUUAAUAAAAAAUUAUCUCUAUUUCUUGCCUAAUUUAUCUGGCUAAACAUUUAGUGCUAGUUUAAUGAAAAUAAACUAAGUGUGAUACAAGCUAUUUGUUAACCUGUAAAAUAAAUACAUAUUACAUUACAACUUGCUUUACAGAAAGGUCACACACAUGUGUACAAAUACACCCAAACGGGAUACAUCUCAGGUACACCGCAACCAUAAGGCCAACAAGAUAUUCCAAGGGAUGGCGUCAACAAUGCUUAUCCAGGCUUUCCUAGCCUUCCGGCGAUGUCUAGACAUGUUCAUCGACUUCAUAUUCGGGUUCUACUGGGAGAGCAAGCGGCAACCCAUCCCGGAUCUCCUGGCGAGGCAUAGGAUGCUCGCCGAGAGUGCUGUGACCCUGGCAGCGAGGAUACGGAACAAAGAGUUGACCUCAGAAAAUCUGGUGCAAGCAUGUAUUGAGAGGAUUAAAUUGGUGAAUAAAAUUUUAAAUGCAGUAACGGAUGAAAGGUUCGAGGAAGCUUUGAAAGACGCCCGGAAUGUAGACAAGAACAUCGCUGAAGGAUUACCCGACGCAUAUUUUGUAGAGAGACCCUUCCUUGGGGUGCCGUUCACUACGAAGGAGAGUAAUGCAAUAGCGGGCGUGUUGAAUACACUAGGCCUCCUGUCCCGACGUCACAUUCGAGCCGCGGAGGACGCCGAGUCUGUUCGUCUGAUGCGGGCCGCUGGUGCGAUACCGCUCGCAGUCACCAACGUGCCGGAGGUCAACAAAUGGCAGGAGUGUCGCAACCUACUAUUCGGGACAACGUGCAACCCGUACCACUCGGGCCGCAGCACUGGGGGCUCCAGCGGUGGCGAGGGCGCCCUAUGUGCUGCCUACGCGUCGCCUAUAUCAUUGUGUUCUGACAUCGGUGGUUCAACGCGCAUGCCCGCCUUCUUUUGCGGCCUGUUCGCGCUGAAUCCAACUGCUGGAUACACCAAUUUGAGAGGCCUGUCGCUCCGGACGGGCGAGGAGCCGACGAUGGCGGCGGUGGGGUUCGUGAGCCGCCACUGCAGCGACCUCGCGCCGCUGACUGCCGUCGUGGCUGGAGACAAAGCACCACUGUUGACCCUCAAUGCACGCGUAGAUCCCAAAACAAUCGAUUACUAUUAUGUGGAGACCGCUCAGGACCUCCGCGUGAGCCCCAUCUGCUCAGACCUUCGGCAGGCCAUGAACAGAGUUAUUAGUAAACUAACAGAACUAACGCCAUCUACCGACAAAGCGCCGAAGCCUUACUACCACGAGGGAUUCAACCAUAUGUUCGUACUGUGGCGCUACUGGAUGACCAGGGAGACAGAGAAGUUCCCCAAAGUGCUGACCAACAACCGCGGAGAGGCGAAAGCACUUGUGGAAUUACCCAAGAAGAUACUAGGCCUAUCGCAGUACACGAUGCCAGCAAUCAUGAAAUUGUUCGAUGAACAAGUAAUGCCUCCGGUCAAUGCUCAAUGGGCAGAGAAACUCACGAAAGAGCUCUCCGAAGACUUAGUGGCCCGUCUGGGUGAGCGCGGCGUACUGUUGUUCCCGUCUGCGCCUGCACCGGCGCCCUACCACGCGGCGCUGAUGCUGCGCCCGUUCAACUUCGCGUACUGGGGCAUCUUCAACGUACUGCGACUACCAGCCGCUCAGGUACCCCUUGGAUUAAACAGUGAUGGUCUCCCCAUCGGUAUACAAGUAGUGGCGGGACCGAGACAGGAAGCUCUAUGCCUCUCUGUCGCACAGCUGCUGGAGAAAGAGUUCGGCGGAUUUGUACCGCCGUGCAAGAUACUGAACUAAUGUCAAGAAACAUCUAAGAAAAUUAAGGCAAAUUUGUAGUGCUCUAUAAUGUUAUAUAUAAAAUUCUCGUGUCACAAUGUUUGUAACAAAACUCUUGAAACGGGUCGGCCGAUACUUAUGAAAUGUUAUGUAUUUAAUAGGAUAUACUAUUUUUAAUAUCCCUAACAGAUAAGUGUGGAUAAGUUUAUUUUUUGGGUAAAUAUUUUAAUUAUUUCAGCAUUAUUAAAUACAUACAACUCAAAAGAUUACUCUCCAACUACCCCUAUAUUUUAAUAGUGUUAUUGAUUUAUAUGGCAAAACAACCUUUGCCGCGUCAGAAUGUUAUUAUUAUAAAACUGAAAUAUUUUAUAUACAAAAUUUUUAAAUGUUUCAGUAUUAAUAUACUAAAUCUUACAUAGCUGUUAUAUAAUGUUUCUAAUAUUAUAAACGCGAGAGUAUGAAUGGUGGAUGUUUGUUACUCUUUCACGCAAAAACUACUGAACGGAUUUUGAUGAAACUUUACAGUAAUAUAGCUUAUACAUUGGAAUAACACAAGCUAUAAAUUUCUUGCGGGAUAAACCGCGGAUAUAUGUAGUUUUAUAUAUUUUCAUUGGGUUUUCGUUAAAGUGGCAUAUCAGUGUUGACUAAUGAUAUAAAAUUUAUAUAAGAUAUAUUAUUAUUGUGUAAAUUAAUAUUAUAUAGUCAAGGGAAUAGAGGAUAGUAUUU